AUGCCGCACGUCGAAGUGCUCCCAAACUCCACGGCGACCGUCGCGCCGGGAUGGACGUAUGUCGUCGAUACGGGCUAUGACCCCUCCAAAGUCGCCAUCAACCCCAAGAACAAGAAGCGCGCCGCAGCAGCAACGCCAGGCGGUCAGCGUGCCGAAAAUGAGCUAUCAGCACGACAACAGACGGCUAUAGCGCGACGCAUAGCAGAACUAGAGCGCGACAACGACCCCAAACAGCUCAUUACGAUACCUGGAAAGCCGAGCGUGCCGAAAACGCAGAAUGCAAGGAGGAUCAUACAGUAUCAGCGGCAGAUCAAGCAUUGGCUUGACGACGAAGAGGCACAAUUAGGACAAGCAACGACCACAUCAAGAGGGAGUGUGUCUCAGCCCACAGGAGGAAGGGGAGCAACACAAGCGUCCCGAAGGCAGAGUGCAUUCACUUCCGUGCCCGCGACGCCUAUGGAAGCAACACCAGGACCCGCAGCGAUUACACAAACCCCAUCGCGACUCGAAGACGCAAAUGCAGAUGAUGCGUUACUCUCCAUCGACGACUCUAUACCUGCGCCACUGAACCCCGCUGAGCUCGAAGCUCUACUUGCCGCACCACCGCUUUCGUACGCUGCAAGCCAUGCGGCGCCUCCUCCAGCUGGCGGUCCACCGCAGAGACAGUUUUGCGAUAAUUGCGGAUAUUGGGGACAGAUCAAGUGUCGUAAGUGUGGAGCACGGGUGUGUGGAUUGGAAUGUAAAGACGCGCAUGAGGCUACAAGGUGCUUGAAGUGGGCAUGA